GGCCGGCCGCGCGAUCACUGGCGUGCCGCGCGCGCUACCAGUCGCCUCGGCGCAGUUUAGUCUCCGACCGACCGCGACCCGCACUGACCGCUCUUAUUCUCUGCUUCGGAGAAAGGAAGAUCCCCGCAGGCUGGGACUCCGUUGUCUCGGUGACAGGCGUUUUUCUCUCAAAGUCAUCGUCACAAUGUCGCAAAUGCUGAUGGACGAGCCAGGCUGGAAGCUGGAGCGCAAAGGCUCGGCCCUACUGCUACGCCGCGACAGUAGCCUUCAUCAUCGUCGCACUCGGGUAUGUUUCCGCUGCGACGUGGAGGUUCGGGAGUACGAGCGCGACGAGGACUACUAUUACCACGAGGACUCCUACGGUAACGCAGUGCUGGUCAACGGCGGCGGCAGUACAGAAACAUUGGCUGCAAGUCCAUUGGCGAUGUGCGCGAGUUGCUUGGCUGCAAUCUGCGUCACUGUAGUGUUGCCUUGGUUGCUCAUAGGAGGCUAACCGGACUGCAGAUGACGCUGUUGCCAAGUGUGCGAACUGAACUCCGAAUUGUGCGUCCAAGUGUGAUGGCUUGUGAAUGUAGCGUGCGUGAGUGGAAUGCCAGUUGUCUAGAAUAAUUGUGAAGACGAAUCGUACAUUAUUACCAAUAUUUGUAUCGGCAAAUAAUUUAUGCCAUGUGAUUAGAUUAGAUAUACUCUAAAUGUCCGAGCGAGAAUAAUAUGAUUUGUCGUUGUUGCACACAGCGACACGCCCUCUUUUUUUCUUUUUUCUUUUUCAAGCGGACAAUGCGAGCGAUGAACAAUCGACAAUGACUGAUGAAUAAUUACCGCGAGCUGCUUUUUUUUCCAAUUGAUAAAACAGACACGACUGCGUGUACGUUGCGCAGGGAGAGAGAGAGAGAGAGAGAGAGAGAGAGAGAGAGAGAGAGAGAGAGAGAGAGCGAGAGAGAGAGAAGAGCACGCUCCGGCUUCGUUGUUUCGCGUGCGAUUUUGUUUGUUUUUUUUUUUAAUAAAAAAGAGAAGAUAACCGAAG